AUGUCCGAGGCCAUCACUGCGCUGGGUGGAGGUGGUCAAGCCGCUCCAUGGGCGGUGAACGCGGCUACUGCUGUUUCAUAUGUCAUGGUCGCCUCCGUCUCCGCUGUCGGUGGCCCUAUCGCCUCUCGGUUGACUAUCCGCUGGAUGCUUAUCAUCGGUGCGGCCACCUUCCCCAUCAACGGAUCCGCCUACUAUGUCUCGAGCCAGUACCGCGUCGACUGGUACCUUGUCCUCGGUCGAGCUAUCUAUGGUGCAGGAUUCGGUCUUUGGUAUGUCGCCGAGGCCGCCAUGAUCCUCUCAUACGCCGAGGAGAACCGGCGCGGAAAGUACCUCGGCAUGUGGGUCGCGUCCCGUAACGCCGGUCAACUCAUGGCCGGAUGCAUCGCCCUCGCUCGGAACGUCCAAAACUCCGCCGCGGGAGCAGUCGCCACCUCCACCUACAUCAUUUUCAUCGCCAUCGAGUGCAUCGGUUUCCCCGUCUCUUGGCUCAUCUCCAAGCCGUCCAAGGUCCGUCGCGCGGACGGGUCGCCCAUCAUCCUUACCGCCAAGCAGCCGUGGAAGGUGGAAUUCUCGAUUUUGUGGCGCGCAAUGACCUCAAAACGGAUGCUUUUGGUCAUCCCUGCUGCCUUCAACUCCUUCUUCUACGGUGGCAUAGCCUACACCUACCUCGCGCAAUAUUUCACCGUCCGCACUCGCGCCCUCUCCGGCGUCCUCCAGCCCGGAGCUGCCAUCAUCACUACCCUCCUGUACGGCCGCUUCAUCCUCGACAACGGCCGCUGGACCCAGCGUCGGCGAGCUCAGGUCGGCUUCCUCGCUUGGUUCGUUCCCAUGCUGGCGUGCGUCGCGUGGCUGGUUGCCAACUCGGUCUCGUUCACCAAGACAGAGGUCCUCACCGUUCACGACUGGACCUCAUCGGGCUGGGCCAACGCAUACCUCCCCUUCCUGUUCUUGCAGUGCGUCGGGUAUUGGGGUCAAUCUUACGUCUACUGGUUGCUCUCCUGCUUCGCCACGGAUGUGCAGUCGAACGCUCGUAACGGCGGUAUCUUCCGAUUCUGGGAGGCAGUUGGACAAGCGAUCAGUUACGGCGUCAGCUCGCGCAAAGAGCUCGGUAUCUCCCCCCUAUACGGCUGCCUUGUCGUCAUCGCCUUCCAAGCUCCCUUCACCUGGUACAUUAUCCGUUCGGUCCCUCUGUAUCGCUCAGACGACCAUCGCCGACCGGAGGACGAGCACAAGGACACCGAGACCAACAAGCUCGAGACGGAUAGCGUCAAGGGGAUGGAGUUGGCGGGGAGGGAGGGGGACAAGGAUGAGGUUCACACGGUCGUCAGGGCUGCUUAG